GCAAUUUUCACCUUUCCUAACACACACCAACUGCAAACCUUAUCACCAAUUCCCCAAUAAAAAACUCAGCUUCAAACUCAUUUUUUACAAAUGAUCAUACGCAAAGCCUGUACUACUCCAAACCUAGAAUUAUAUAAGUUAACUAAUUCCAUGGCACAUGUGACCUACCAUGGCAGCUUUAGCUCUCUCUCCUUGAUGAUUCUAAUGGCUAGUGCUCUAUUAUUUUUCAAUACUUACUUCAUAUAAUAAGUCAGUUCUCCUUAAUCAUGACAACACUGUAUUUGUUAGCAAGUCCUGAAGCAUCUUUCUGCUCUCACACUUGAAGUUUAUUGGCUGGGGAACUGACUUUGGUUUGUCAUGCUUAUAGAUCACAGUAAAAUAAUAUUCUUCUGAGGGUCUUUGAAAAGUAUCUUAAAGCACCUUAUUGCUUCAUCAGAUUGGAGUGUGGGGAUUGCUAUUUGUUUAUAUUUAAGAGAGCUGAAAGCCUUAAUUGUGUGGGACAUGCAGAGGAAGAGGCUAUUGAGUGCUGGCUUUUUGUUGAAGUUUGUCUUUCUGCUUAUUCUUAUUGCAAAGAGCCUCAGCUGAUAAUUAACUCUCAUAUGUAAUCUUAAGAAGAAACCAAAUCUGGAAAAUUGGUGAAAAGUGAAGGCUUUUGAGAAUAUCAGACAUCGGCAGCAAUAAGUUUGAGCAAUCUGAGAAGCAGAAAUGGAGAAAAUUCUCAAGAAUCAUGACAAGGAAAGGAUGAAGAGAGCAAUGAUAGAGCAGGAAGAGACCUUCAGGCAGCAGGUGAAUGAGCUCCAUCGGCUUUAUCGAGUGCAGAAACAGUUGAUGAAGGAAAUGAAGAUCAACAAGCUCAAGAAAGAUAAAUGGACUCCCAAAAACAUGGAAAUAGCACCUCGUCGAAUGCUCGAUCUAGAACUACCAGCAGAAGCUUAUAUCCAAUACAACGAUGAAAGAGAAAUAGAACUGAGUCUUGCAAUUGGAAGCAGCAGUAGGAAGAGAGAAGAGAAAUCAAAUACUUCAGAUUCUGCAGGUAGUUUUUCUUCUUCAUCAGCUGAGUCAGGAAGUUUGAAAUUAUUAGGCCAUGACUGGGGAAUCUCUAAGGUGCCAGAGAUGUAUUUGACUUCACACAGAGAGAUGAACAAUGGCUUUGAUGAUGAGCAUGAGAUGAGGCAAGACAGGCUUCAAAAGCCGCCAUGGUUUCUUCCAUGUUUAAGCCUAACCAUGAGUUAGAGCUCUUGUAGCUUGCUGACUUUCCAGUAUCUCAACAAGCUUAAAUCCUAGCAUAAUUGGUCAUCAACUCAUGGAUUUUUUUUUUCUCUUAAUGUUCUAAUCAACCUUAUCAUAUUUAUCAUGCUAUAAAACACCUCUUUCCUUA